CGUCUGAUCAUAUCAAGACUAAUUCGAUACCGGUAUACAUCUUGGAUACACGUGAGACUGUCAUUUUUUUCUUGGGAACUGAGCUGAGUUUUUGAACAAUGUCAGGGGAUUCUUUUGCUAGGAAUCAUCUGGAGAAAUAUGGCUGGGAAAAGGGUAAAGGACUUGGACGAACAGAGACAGGAAUCUCAGAUGCAAUCAAGCCAAAGCUGAAGUUUGAUAAAGCAGGAAUUGGUCAUGAUGUUGGAGAGCAGUUUUCUUUCCAUUGGUGGGACCACGUCUUCAAUCAAGCUGCCAAGAACAUCCACGUUGAAAACACAGAGGAGGGUGUGCAGGUGAAGAAGGGAACCAAAUCUACUCUCAUCUCCAACAAGAGAAGUACACAUGAAAACAAGAAGAAACCAACUCUUCUCUAUGGUGCAUUUGUGAAGCAUGGAACUCUUAAUCCAGAUGGGGCCAUCUCUCAGGAUAUAGACUCCACCUCCUCCAGUGACGAGAGUGACGACAACAAACCUCCAGAAACAUAUGAAGGCAAUGAUGAGAUGCUUUUCAAGGCUUGCGGAGGUCGUACAGCACACAAGGGUGCACGGCAUGGCCUUCGUCUGUCAGGGAAGCUGCAGCGGAUUGAACAGCAGGAGAAUUACCAUAGCAACCAGGUAAACAAAAAGGAAAGAAAGGGACAGUCUACCACUGAUGAGAUGGAGAGAGAGGAAAGCAGUUGCACAAAGAAGAAAAGGAAAAAGAAGAGAAGGAAUGAAGAGGAGAUUGAAAUGGAUGGGUUGAUGGACAGAGUCAAGAAUAGACUAGAAGAAGAAAUGGAGGGAGUUGAGGAUGACGUAGAGAAGAUACAAUGCAAGAAGAAGAAGAGGAAGAAACAUAAAGGAACAGAUCUGGAGUCUUUGGAGGACACUCCUGUAAAUGCUGUCAAUGAAGAUGGGACGAGUAGUAGCAUUAGCUCUUCAGGAGUUGGAUUGAAGGAAAAUGAUGGUUUAUGUUCUGCGCAUUCGACGAAGAACAAACCGAAGAAAGGAAAGAAAUCCAAAUUAAGAAUGACUGUGGAGAUAGUAGAAGGCGAGACUCACAAUAAUCCUGUCUCGAAUGAGGGAGCUGAUGCCAAUAGUCGUAGGAGGAAGAAGAAAGCCAAGAAGGAAAAGAGGAAAGUUGAGAUGGACAGAGAUAUUGAAAACAGUGACUCAUCAGAGAAUAGAAAAGGACACUAUUCAUCAGGAAGGAAAGAUAGAUCAGAAGGUGAAAAUCAUGAAGAGGUUAAAACUAAGAAGAAAGAUGUAAAGAAGAGUGGGAAAAGACGAAGGCAGGUAGAAGAUGAUGAAGCCUUCAACACUUCAUCAGUGAACCAAGGGCAUGAUAAACAUAUAUGCAAUGGUGUCUCUAAGAAGAAAAAGAAAAGAAAAUCAGACAAUGCACUAUUAGGAUCAUAGACGUGAUUAUAAGAAGAAUUUCCUGCAAAUAUAUGAUAAUGUAGUCACACCUAUGAAACCCAACUCCAGACCAUUCAAAUAUAUUGUUAUUUCCAAAGAAAUAUGUGGCCCGAAUUCACAAAGUUCAUU